UUAAAAGGAAGAAGUAGGAAAGAGCUUCUUCUUCUUCCGGCGUUGCAUUGUAGAGCGCAGGCGGAUCUGCGUCUCGAGGAGAGAGAGAGAGAGGGGGUUCGUGCCGCGCAAGGCUGUCAUGGCGACUAACAUCGAGCAAAUUUUUCGGUCUUUCGUCGUUACCAAGUUCCGGGAGAUCCAGGAGCAGCAAUUCGGCAGUGGAAAGCUAGGAAAUCAGCACAAUGGUGAAAUAAACACAUCUGGGCAAGUAAACUCUUCAGAUGAUACAAUUCAAUCUAUAGAAAGUCUUCAAAAUGAUCCACUAGUGCAGAAGAUAGAACAAGUAUUAUCAGAAGUGUUGGGUACUGAGCCACGGUACAAAUCAGGAGAUGGAGAUGAUAUCGAAAGGAAUAAUUCACACACUAUUAAAAGAGGCUUAUCUGAAGACGUGCAAGAUGAAAUUCCAAGGAAAAGGUCUAAGAAGGACAAGAAACACAAAGAUAAAAAGAAAAAGAAAAAACGAAAGAAGGAGAAAAAAGAGAAGAAAUAUAAAAAACAUGCCAAAGAAACAGAUGAUCAGCAAAAAGAAUGUGAAGAUAUGCAACUUUCUCAUUCAGAUCUAGAAAAUUCAGGUUCUCUCUUAAAUGCAGAAAAUGAUGUAGAUGUACACUCUGGGUCUACCUUGAAUGAAGUUUCUCCUUUGAUUAAUGAAAAAACUGUGUAUGAAAAUCUAAACUCGGCUUUGUUGAAUAAUACAUUUAGUUCAGAUACCAGCAAACUGGAGACAUCUGAAGAAGAUUCUACUCUCAUAAGUAUUCAGGAGGUCAGUGAAGUUAAGCUUGCAAAUGAAAAAGAAUUGGAAGAUGACAGUUACCAUCCUAAUGUAACAGUAAAUAUAUGCCCAGAGGAUAAAACUUUGAGUGAUGCUAUUUGCACAGUUGUAGAAAGAGUGUCAGAUAUAAAUGAAGUAGAGCAAGCUAAGUUAAUGUUGGAGACAACAGAUCAAGAAAACAUUCCUGAAAGCAGUCCAUAUUGUGUAAGAGUAGAGCCAGAACAUUUGGAAACCAGGCUGGAAUCUACUGCAAUGAAAGUAACAUGUGUGAAUUCAGUCACAGAGCCUGUGACUUCGAAAAAUGUGAAAGAAACAGUAUCCACCUCUUUUGAAUCUACUGGCUAUAAAUUAAUGACUCUCCCUUUGGAAUCAAAUGCAGAAGCUAAAGAUUCAGUAACAACUUUAGGAUUUUUAGCUAUGGUGGUAGGAAAAGAUUUUGAAGCAACUUCAGAAUUUUUAAAUACGGCAAAAGUAUUCACAGAAAGAAGUCCUAAGCAUUCCAGCAGAAAAGGUGAUUCAGUGCACGAAUUGGAGAAAACUGUCACAGUGAAAGAUUUGCACAAGCCACAACAGUUUGGAACAGAACGGAAAGAUGUGGAAACUACUGCAGAAGCUGUCCAUACAGUCCUUGAAAAAGAUCCUGAGCUAGACGUGGUAGUUCAGCUGAAACCUCAGCAAGAAGUUUCAGAAUUUGAUGUACAAAAAUGUAAUAGAGCAAACCUUGGUACAGAGACUCUAAAAGAUAUGAAAGAAUUAAGAGAAACUUGUACCCUCAUGAUUGGACUGAAUGAAUCAGAAAAAAAUGCAGGAUAUCUUCCAAUCCAAAAAGAUGCAACAGAUUUGCAAAGAGCACCACUGUUAGAAAAUAGGACUAGAAUAGAUUCAGAAGAACAUCUCCCCAUUGUAGGAUUGGAAAAAACAAAUGUAGAAGUUAAUUCCUACUGUACGGAAAUUGAUGCAAGAUCUGAUGGUGUAACAGAAUCAGAAAAUUGGAAACCUGCUCCAGAAUCUUCUAAAGCAAAGAAUUUGGAAUGCAUCCAGGAAUUUGAAAAGGCUGAACGGAUUAAUUAUUUGGAAACUUCAUUAGAAACUGUAAUAGAAAAUAGAGGAAAUUCUAAAAUCAUUCAACAUUCUCUGGCGCUCUUCAGUGUGAAAGUUCCUGAAAAUGCUUCACAAUUAAAAGACAUGAAUGUUUCAGAAACAAUACAAACAGAGAAAAUACAAAAUCUGGAAAGUUCGAAAUAUGUAGAUCUAAGAAAUAAAGAAAACAAGAAUGCAGAGAAGUUGAAAAAUAUUCCAGAACCUUUGAUGCUUGUAAACAAUUUAGAAAAUUCCUCAUCAGGGUUGCAGUGCAUAGAAGAAAUUAAAAUAGUGAAGGAAACUUCACAAUCUGAUGUGGAGGCACACAAAAAAGAUUUCAAAACUGUUCUUGAACCUGAAGAGAGAGAUGUGGAUGCUGGUUCAGGAUCUCUGCAGAUGAUAUUUGCAAACUAUUCAGAACAUAAUCUAGAACUUUAUACAGAAACUGAAGGUAUGAUAGAGUUGAAAAAUUCAGAUGCAGUUUUGAAAUCAUUGCAGAAGUCAAAUGCUGACAACGUUGAACCACCAUAUGCCAAGGAAAUCAAAUACGUUAAAAGUACAGAAUCUGAAGCUGUGACUGAAGUAAAUAAUUUACAAGAAAACUUAAAACCAUUACAAAAACAUGUAAAAAAUGUGGAACCUGCAUCAAAAUCAAUUGCAUUACCAACUGUGACAUAUGCAGAGACACUUGAAGGUACUUCCAAUAGAACGCAAAGUGAAACUGAAUCUCAUUUUGUGCAAGAAAUAGAACAGAAAUGUUUUGAUUCCACUGUAAAGAAGAACCAAAGUAGUGUAGAUACAACAGAUUUGGGACUUACCUCAAGACGUAAGGAAGUAAUUGAAACAAACUCCAGCAAAAUAGGAGAAAGUGAGUUGUUAGUUAAGAGUCAAGGUCCAUUAUUCAUUUCAAAAUCAUUGCAUGAAAUUGAUGUAAUAAGUUCAGAAAAAGGUAAUCCAGAAUUUACAGGAAUAGCGGUAGUACAAGACUUAAAAGAACCUAGAAAAUCUUUGACAGCUGCAAUUGAUCCUAAGGAUUUUUUAAAAUGGAAGAAUUUAGUAUUGGUUGAAUCAAAAGAUGAUUUUCCAUUUGGCAGUACUAUGAAACAAUUUGAAUCAGUUUCAGAAUCUCUUGAACAAAAUCAAGAACGAUUAGAGAACACACAGACACAAAGUAGAAAAGAAUUUUUAGAUUCUGUGCCUGAUUUAAGUGUUAAAUGUGCAAGAACAGAGAUUCCGUUUAUAGAUGAAUUUAAUAUUCAGGAGAACAAGAAAUUGGAAGAAAAAAUAGAAACUACAGGAUUAAUGGAAGCACCAGAACCUCUGAAUUUGUCAGAGAGAGAUCUGAUUGUUCUUACUUCUGAUUCUGGAAUUAAAGUUUCAAGAUAUGGUCCAGAAACUGUGUACUUGACAAAAACAAAUUCAGAGGCCAUCCCAAAGUCUUAUGAAAUUCAAAUGAAAGAUUCAAAAACUUCAGAAUCUAAAACAAUAAAUGUAAAAGACAUGAACAUUGAUUCAGAAUCUUUGCUUCAAGCAGGUGUAGAAAUUAAAGAAUACAUUCCAGGAUGUAAAUCAGUGGUAUCAGAUAGUGUGGAAGUUACAACAGAAAUGCUUCCAGAAUCAAAGAGUAUAACAAAGUUGCAAAACUCAAAUGCAGUACUCAGAAGUGAAGGAUUGACAUAUGAACAUUUGAAAACACCACCAGCAUCUGUAUGUGUAAUAGAUACUGAAGAUCUAGAAAUACCUCCCAAGUCUACAGAAUUGGGCGUAACGGAAAAGCAAGGUGUUCCUACAUCUUUAUCUGCCUCAGUGGAAUCUACAGAUGUAUCAGAAGAAAGUUUUGAACAUAAUUACAGAGCAGAUAUGAAAAAGGUAGAAGCAAGUCAGAAGUCAAUUAAUGUAGAGUUCAUUGGUAAAGAAAAGAUGAACGAUCAACCUGUCCAGCCAUCUAAUGAUAAUGAUGCAAAUGUUUCAAAACUAUUUAUGUCUUCACAUAGUGGUGUAAGGGCACACAUUAUAGAAGAAAGACUGUCAGUUGCCAACGAAGAAAGUGUUUCUGGAAAAGCUUCAGAAUCUGGUACAGGAUUGUUAAAAUGCUCUGAAGUGUCUGAAACUAUCACAGGUCAAGAGAGAGAGAAGUUUGAUAUAACUCUGUCUGAAUUUAUGGUAGAUGUCCAAGAUUUGAAAGAAAGCCCUAAUAUUUUAGAUGCACAAGAGAAGAAUUUAAAAGCUAGUCAGAGAGAAAAAUAUACUAAGUCUCCUUAUGUAUUAGAAUCCAGGGAUGCAGCUGAUGUUUCACUGUCUGGGUCUAAAGUUGAACCAAAAGGUUUAAGAGCAACAAUGAGCUAUGAAAGACUAUCAGAAAUAAAAGAUCCAGUGGCCGCUGCAAUGCAGUUAAAGAAACCAGAAUUAACAUCUUCAGAAUCUGUUUCUAUAUUGGAAGUAACUGACACUUUGAAAACCCCAGAGCUCAAAACUCCUCGAACAUAUUUAGGAGUAACUGGUUUCAAAUCUUCUGACACAACUGCAGAGAGUUGUCCACUAAAAAUAAUUGACUCUGACUCACAAAUCCAACAUGAAAACAUUUUGGAAGUAAAAAAUUUGGAAUCUGCUUCAGAAAUUAAAUAUGGGCUAGGAACAUUUCCAUUCAAAAUUGCUUCAGAAUCUGAAAAAGUGACACCAGAUCAACUUUCAAAAGCUAUUUCAAAAAUAUUAUCUUCAGGCAAUAUGGAAAACCUGGAACAAAUUUUGAAAUAUAGACAUAACCAGGAAAGAAAAAAAUUAGAGUCUGCCCAGUUUGACACCCCAGUGGCCAAAGAUUUGAAAGGAAGUCUUACAUAUGAAGAAAUAAUAGGUAUUUCAGAGAUGACUACUCAAGUUUCAAAGGCAAGAGAUACUGGAUCAAAUCUAUCAGCUACAGUUCCAGAAACAAUUGAAAAAUGUUCUGAUAUAUUUCUGGAAAGUAAAACUAUGUCAGAUGUACAGGCUACAAAUACAAAUGUAGAACUAGACAAUUUAAUUAAAAAGUCACCUGACAUUUCUACAGACAUUAAUAAAUCAAAAUCAAAUUCAGGACUUACUGAUAUAAUGGAAUUGAAAUGUAACAAUGCUUCAGAAUCUGUACAGAUGAAAGAACUGGAAGAUUUAGAAACAGUUGUUUUAGACAAGUCUGUAAUUGAAAUAAAAAACCUCCAAGCUGUACAAACAUCAGGAGAGAAAGAGCAAAUGGAUUUUCAGGAACUCUCAAAAUCAGUGUUACCUUUAAACAUUCAGAAUUUGGAAAGAAACUCAAGUUUGCCACAACAAAAGAUAUUAGAAGCAUCUCUAGAACCUGUUAAAGAUUUUGUAUCAGUUUCUGAAUGUUCAAGUACAAAGGAUAUUGAACAGAAUUUAAAAAGUGGGUUUGUGGCAGAAGGGAAAGCUGAGGAAUCAACUGUAGAACAUGUGGUAUUAAUGCAAGAUAAGAGUGCAGAAAUAAUUCCACAGUUCACUUUGGAAAUGAAAGAUUCAGAAGCAACCUUAGAAUCUGUAGAUGUGACAAACAGAAAAGAUCUAGAUGUACAGACUUUUUCAAAGGAGCAAACAACUAUUAAACCUCUCUGUAUGACAACAGAAGGCAAAGCGGAAGUAAAUCAACUGGAAACCAUUGUGCUGGGAGAUUCAGGAGAAGCUGUAAAGCCUGUGCACUUGGCAGAGAAAGAAGUCAUCAGAGUGGGAGAAUGCAUUGAGGCAAAAGAUUCAGGAAUAGCUGUUGAAUCUGAGGUUAUAAUAAAGGAUAAAGACUUGGAAGUUUCUCUUCAGGACUCUUCAAAAUAUCAGGAUUCAGAUGUUACUCUGAAUUCUUCAGAAAUAAUGAAGGAAAGUGAAGGGAGUAAUUUAAAAGAAAAAAAAAGUGAGAAAAUAAGUAGUAAAAGUAAGGAUAAAAGUAAAAGUGGGAAAAAAACCAAAAAAAGCAGAUCAAAAUCUCCUUCCAAGUCAAAGAAACGUAAAAAGAAAUCUAGAUCACGGUCUACCUCUAGACAAGUAUCUAGAAGAGCACGUUCUAGAAGCAAGCAUGAUUCCAGUUCCAAGAGAAAACACUCCACUUCACGUCGCAAAUCUAGAUCCAAAUCUGUUGAUAAAAAAGAAAAAGAAUCUUCCUUAAGGUCUAGACGAAGGCGUUCACGGACCUCUGAUCGUCUUAAAUCUAGAUCUAAAUCUCCUGAUAGAAGAGACACUUCAAUAAGAUCAAGACGUAGACGAUCCAGAUCAUCUGAUCACAAGUCUAGAUCCAGAUCAGUUGAAAGAAGAGACUCAGCUAGGAGAAGACGAAGGUUAUCCAGAUCUUCUGACAAUCGCAGAUCUAGAUCACGAUCAGUUGAUAGAAGAGAGACUUUGACAAGAUCAAGGAGGAGGCGCUCCAGAUCUUCUGACCAUCAUAAAUCUAGAUCACGAUCAAGUGACAAAAGAGAGACCUCUCUGAGAACAAGGCGAAGGCGAUCUCAGUCUUCUGAUCGUUGUAGAUCUAGAUCCAAAUCAUUUGACAGAAGAGACUCUUCGGUAAGAACACGGAGAAGACGAUCUAGAUCUUCUGAUAAUCCCAAGUCUAGGUCAAGAUCGCCCGAUGACAAGAGAGAGCUUUCAGUGAGAAGAAGGGGGAGAAGAUCAAGGACCCCUGAAACUCGCAAAUCUAGGUCUAGAUCUGUUGACAGAAGGGAGAUUUCAGGGAGAGGAAGGCGAAGGCGAUCAAGAUCCUCUGAUAAUCGUAAGUCAAGAUCCAGAUCAGUUGACAGAAGAGACAGUUCAGUGAGGAUAAGGCGAAGGCGAUCUAGGUCUUCUGAUAACCGCAGAUCAAAGUCCAAAUCUGUUGACAAAAGGGACAGUUCAGUGAGGAUGAAACGAAGGCGGUCUGUGUCCUCUGAUCGCAAAUCUAGAUCCAGAUCUGUUGAUAAAAGAGAGACUUCAGCUAGAUCAAAAAGGAGACGUUCCCAGUCUUCUGAUAAUCACAAAUCUAGAUCCAAAUCAGUUGAGAAUGUAGAAACAUCAGGAAAAUCAAAAAGGCAAUCUAAAUCUACUGAUAAGUCCGGAACAAAAUCAGUUGAAAAGAGGGAGUCAACCUUAAAUUCUAGUCAUAGACGAUCUAAGUCAUCAGAUCGCCCAAGAUCUAAAUCAAAAUCUAGAUCGAAGUCUUCUGAAAGAAAAAAAGACACCGAUUCUGUGGAUGGAUCAAGGGGAAAACACUCUAAAUACAGAUCAAAGUCUAAGUCCCUUGAGAAAACAGAUGGAACUGAGUCUUUGGAAGCAACUUUGAAUAAUCGAGAAAAAUCACCUGAGCAGCACAAAUCUAAAUCUAGGUCUAGGUCUAAAUCUGUAGAUAAAGCAGGAGAGAAAGAACGCUUGAGAAGAUCAAGAAGUAAAGGUUCCAAGUCCCCAGAAUCUAGGUCUCGUAGACGUAGAACAGUAUCAAGGUCUAGAAGAAAUCGUUCACAAUCACAGUCACGCUCUCGAACUCGUUCACAGUCACGUUCAAGACGGAGGAGGACUAGAUCAAGAUCAAUAUCAAGACAGCGAUCUUUGUCAAGGAAAAGACAUAGACGAUCUCGGAGAAAUCGAUCAAGAUCAACCGAGAGGAGGAGAAGAAGAUCUGAUUCAAGAGACAGUUUUAGAAUAUCUCUCAGGUUACGUUCCAGAAGUCGAACACCUGUCCGUCUGAGAUGUUCUAGGUCUACAGGAAGAAGAAGAAGUACUAGUAAAUCACCUGAUCAUCGACGGUCUAGAUCUUCAAGCAGAUCACCAAAACGUCUCACUGACUUGGAUAAGGCACAGUUACUUGAAAUAGCCAAGGCAAAUGCAGCAGCAAUGUGUGCUAAGGCUGGUGUUCCUCUCCCACCAAGUCUGAUGCCUGUUAUAACUCCAGAGAAGAAGGAAGAGAAAGUUACUCAAAAGUCAGCAAAAGAAACAAUAUUGGAACUGACUGAGAAAUGCAAGAAGAUUGCCCAAAGCCAGGAAGAUGAUGUCAUUGUAAAUAAGCCUCAUGUUUCUGAUGAAGAAGAGGAGGAACAUCCUUUUAUCAACCAUCCCUUUAAGCUGAAUGAGCCCAAGCCUAUUUUUUUCAAUUUAACUACUCCUACAAUAAAACCAACACCUCCAAAAAAUCAGGUAACUCUGACAAAAGAGUUUCCAGUUUCUUCAGGAUCUCAACACAGGAAAAAAGAAGCAGAUAGUGCAUAUGGGGAAUGGGUUCCAGUUGAGAAGGACAAGGAUGAGGACAAGGAUGAUGUGUUUCCCAAUCCAGCCAAUUUGGAGCCUGUGGACAUUUCAUCAGCACUGAAUGAACGGACAAUAGCCCAAAAGAGACUAACGGAAAAUACAUUUGAUUUGGAGGCAAUGUGCUUGUUAAAUCGGGCACAAGAACGGAUUGAUGCCUGGGCUGAGCUGAAUACUAUACCAGGUCAUUUUACAGGCAGCACUGGAGCACAGGUCUUGACUUCUGAACAGUUAUCCAACAGCGGUCCCCAAGCAUGGGUUAAAAAGGAGGACCUAGAUUUCAUCUGGAGGGACUGACAGCGCUGAUCUUACACGAUUGCUACAAUGAACAGGAAACCCGACCAGGAGUUCCCAGGUGAAAAAUGUAUAGGAGAAAGCAUAAUGGUAUGCUAUAAUAAUCUUCCCUUACUUCAGAAAUCAAUGCCUGCCAAUAUUACUCUCUCCUGAAAGCAAUGCAAGAUCCUCCAACAAAGUAAGCAUUUGUGUAAUAACAAAACAAUUGGGGAGGGGGCACUUAAGAACAGGAUUGAUAUAUAGAUUUCUCCUAUUUGCAAAGGUUGGAAUACUCCUGAUUUUGGACCUUCUUAGGAGCUUAAACCAACGCCUGAUGAUACUCCUAUAUUAGAUCAGUGUAAUGAUAAAAAUACACUUUAUUUUACCUGCAGCUUAAAAGCAGACAAGAACGUAAUUAGUGAUUUCAUGUAAGGGCUAAUUAAUGUUCUGUCAUGGAAGUAAUGAUCUGAUUUCUGUCGUUAAUAUGCUUUGGAGCAAGGCUUCUUAUCUUUGUGGAAAAAAAUUUAGAAGCACAGUGAACUGCCUUUUAGCACUCUGGAAGCAUUUUUCAAUGAUAUAUUCCUGAUGUUGUGGACACUGUGGCUACAGAAUGCAGAUUAGAAAAAAAAAGGAUUGUCUGCCCUGAAUCCAGAUAAGAGAAUGGAGUUAGAUAUAUUUCCAGUAAUUGGAAAUUAGAAUUUCAGCUCCAUUUGCAAUUCCUUUUUCUAUAUUAUUGUGGGCCUUUAUCAUUUUAGUAGCCUUGAUAUUCUACAUUUCAAAUAUAAUAAAAGACUGUGCACAUACAUACAUAAGCACACAUAGCGGUUUCAGCAGUAAAUGUGAGUUUUUGUGAUACUCAAUUUAGCUGCAGUGUCCAUCCACAUUAUUUUUCCCCUCAUUUUACUAUUGCUCCUUCUUUAGCAUAACACUGUUAUAGAUAAUAAAGGCAACUCUGGCAACUUCACUCUCCCCAUUCCCCAAUCAUGUUUGUGUCCAUUUAGAAGUAAAAAAUAAUAAUAAUGAAGACCACUGUCUCUUACACAUGGCCAUAAGAAAUGUUGUUUACUGUAUGUGAGAAAUAUUGAUUUGGUACAAUAUUCUUUAAAUACUUAACAUUGGUUUAAGUGAAGUUUCAUUUCUGAAGUAAUUACAAACUUUGCAGAAAUAGUCAGUGGCAGACAUGGUCUGCUCACUGUAGUUCGUUCUGUGUUUUUCUUAUAGGUAUUCACCCUUGCACCCAGGAUUGGGUCUUGGCGUUCCCAUUUGUGUGGGCUUUUCUUGGCAUUGAAUGAAUCUGGUAAAUUGUGAUUUCUUACCUCUUUCGUUCCUAACUAUACCUGCACCAGUCUGAAUAUCAUUUUUUUUUCCAUUACAGUGGUGUUGAAUACUUCCUCUCUCAGGCAUUCUUACUGCUAGGUGCUUUUAUUAGAUUUCAUUUGCUUGUCCUGUAAACUGAUUGUAGACCUGUCAGCCUUUUUUUACAGUAGGAAGAAGAAAUGGCUUGCCCUAGCUAGUUACAAGAAAUUUACUACUUCACUUGAGUAGCCAUGGCGAAUAGGCGGCAAUACAAAUCUAAUAAAUAAAUAAAUAAAAUAAAUAAAUUAAAUAAAAAGUCUUGUUUAGUAUAGGGAGAUUUAAAGACAAAUUGCCAUAGAAGCAAUAUAGUCAGA